GUGAUACUACCGGCUGACCUUGAACAUGCACGAGCAUCAACGACACAUGACAACUUGUCCAAGACCUCAGCCCGGGAUACAGUGGAGGACUGGACUCGCAAAGCCCUGAAACCACCAGCCGCCCUGUGCGCCGUGUAGGUCUGCAAGGGAGGCCUCUCACCUCAACAUCCGCUUCCAUCCCAUCCCAUCCGACCCUCCGUCUCCUCCAGAUGCCUCACAACACGCCCGCCGGCGCAGAAACAUCGUCGCCCCCCACAACACUCGUCGGCCUUCUAAACUCCUUCAGGAUGGAUCGUCUCAAGGGCAUGCUCUACCGCCGUGGCGAGGCCAAGGACGGCCGCGACGCCGACCCAGACGAGUACGCGCCGCUGCGGGACCCGGGCGACGAUGCCUCCGAGACCGGCUACAUAUCCGACGACGGCGAGCUGCUCGACGCCACCGAGGUGCCCUUCUCCUGGGUGGAGUACGCCAUCUUUGCCAUGGUCGGCGUGGCCAUGCUAUGGGCCUGGAACAUGUUCCUCGCCGCCUCGCCCUACUUUGCCUCCCGCUUCGUCGACGACCAGUGGGCCACCGAGAACUUCCAGUCCGCCAUCCUCUCCGUCUCGACCCUGACCAACCUGGGCUCCAUGCUCGCCCUGACCAACAUGCAGCGCUCCGCCGACUACCCCAACCGCAUCAAGCUCGCCCUGCUCAUCAACACCGCCGCCUUCGCCCUCCUGACCCUCUCCACCUCCCUCUUCACCGCCGUCCCGCCCAGGUGGUACCUGGCCUUCCUCCUGGUCGACGUCUGCUUCGCCGCCCUGGCCACGGGCCUCUUCCAGAACGGCGCCUUCGCCUUCGCCGCGAGCUUCGGCCGCCCGGAAUACACCCAGGCCAUCAUGGCCGGCCAGGGCGUCGCCGGCGUCCUGCCCGCCCUGGCCCAGAUCGUGAGCGUGCUGGUCAUGCCGCCGCCGCCGGCCCAGGACCACGACCACGACCACGACACCGGCAGCAGGCCGGCCAGCUCUUCCCCCGACGGCCCCGUGGGCUCCUCCGCCGCCCUCGUCUACUUCCUGACCGCCGUGCUCGUCUCCCUCUGCACCCUCCUGGCCUUCCUGCCCCUGGUCCGCCGCCACGACCGCCUCGUCGAGGCCCGCAUGGCCACCUCGCACCCGGACCUGGCCGCCAGCAUGCUGUCGGCCCACUCGCACCACGACAUCCAGGAGGCCGAGCAGGCCGCCCGCAGGGUCGUCGGCAUGCGCGCCCUCCUCCGCAAGCUGCACUGGCUCGCCGGCGCCGUCUUCAUGUGCUUCGCCGUGUCCAUGUUCUUCCCCGUCCUCACGGCCAAGAUCCCGUCCACCAACAGGGGGGCCGCCAGCGGCGGCGGCAGCAGGGUCUUCGACGCCGAGGUCUUCAUCCCGCUCGCCUUCUUCGCCUGGAACCUGGGCGACCUCGCCGGCCGCGUCGCCGCCGCCGGGCGGUGGAACGCCGCCGUGCGCACCCGCGCGCCCUCGCUGCUGUUCCUCGUGUCCGUCGCGCGCCUCGGCUUCCUCCCGCUGUACCUGCUGUGCAACGUCCGCGGCCGCGGCGCCGCCGUCCCCGCCCCCGACCUGUUCUACCUCGCCGUCGUGCAGUUCCCCUUUGGCCUGACCAACGGGUGGCUCGCGUCCAACAGCAUGAUGGGCGCCGCCGAGUGGGUCGGCGAGGACGAGAGGGAGGCCGCCGGCGGGUUCAUGGGGUUGAGCCUGGUCGCUGGGCUGGCGGUCGGGAGCCUGUUGAGUUUCACGGCCGCGGGGAUUUAGGCGGGCGUCACCUUUUUUUUUUUUGUGUCUUCUUCUUCUUCUUUUUGGGACUUUAUCUAUAGGAACAUCUUGACCUUUUAUAUGUCCUUGCACAAAUUCACGACGUUGGAGUUGGGACGGGACACGCAUCUUGCAUGGAUAUGGCGUUUGGUGGCCGGUUGGCCUGGAUUGUUACGAGAUGGGCUUGUAAGGAAUGGUUUGCGCAAGACUUGCGACAAGGCGGCAGCAUUAUAUGUAGGAUAGCCUAUUAUAGGAAUGUCUUACAUAGAAUAACACUCUAAACUUACACAA